AUGGCUUCUAUACCCCAGAUGCCUUAUCGACGACCCUCUCGGCAGGGUUCUAGGCAGGCGUCGAUAGAUACGCGGGAUGAGAUACAGGUCCGCGUAGACCACUACAUUGGAAUUGAUGUUGGGACUGGCAGUGCCCGCGCUUGUAUAAUCGAUAGCAAAGGCGAUAUUGUCGGCCUAGCCUCUGAGAACAUUGGUCUUUGGCAACCUCAACAAGGAUAUUAUGAACAAUCUACGAACGAUAUCUGGCGAUGCAUCUGUGUAGCUGUUCAGCGCGCAAUCAGCCAACACAACAUUGAUCCAGAGACCGUGAGGGGCAUUGGGUUCGAUGCGACAUGCUCGUUGUCGGUUUUUUCUAACGUUACGAACGAACCGAUAUCCGUGACGGGUCCCAACUUCAACUCGGACCGCAAUGUGAUCCUCUGGCUCGAUCAUCGCCCAGUGGACGAAACCGAAAGAAUUAAUGCUACGAACCACAAUCUGCUCCGCUAUGUAGGCGGAAAGAUGUCCAUCGAGAUGGAGAUUCCCAAAGUCCUGUGGCUGAAAAACAAUAUGCCAAAGGAGCUCUUUGAUCAGUGCAAAUUCUUCGACCUGGCUGACGCCCUGACUUACAUUGCCACUGGCGCCGAGCAGAGGAGCUUCUGUAGUGUAGUCUGCAAGCAGGGAUAUGUUCCUGUAGGUGUUGACGGCAGUGUAAAAGGUUGGCAGGAAGACUUUCUGAACGAAAUUGGUCUGGAGGACCUGUCGGAGGAUAACUUCAAGCGAAUGGGCGGUGUCGACGGGGUGAAUGGCGAUUAUCUUAGCGCUGGUGAACUGGUCGGCACAUUGUGUGAGAAGGCUGCCUCUGAGCUGGGUCUGCCCCCGGGGAUUGCAAUCGGCAGCGGCGUCAUCGAUGCCUAUGCAGGCUGGAUUGGCACAGUCGGCGCUAAGGUCGAUCUCGAGUCGGAACAGCUGAGCUCUGACAUCGCCAAGAACGAUAAGGCACAGGCAUUCUCUCGCUUGGCCGCUGUCGCUGGAACAUCAACCUGCCAUCUUGCGAUGUCCCCAGAUCCUAUAUUUGUCCCUGGUGUCUGGGGGCCUUACCGCGAUACUAUCCAGCCGGGAUAUUGGAUGGCCGAGGGCGGCCAAUCCGCAACCGGGGAGCUGCUCAAGCAUGUUAUCGAGACUCACCCCGCGUUCAAUCAGGCACUCUCGAUCGCUGAGUCGUACAACGCCAAUAUAUAUGAAUAUCUAAACGAGCAUCUGAAGGAACUGGCUCAUGACCAGAAGGCUCCUAGUAUCUCUUAUCUGGGCCGACAUGUUUUCUUCUACGGUGAUCUUUGGGGCAACCGUUCCCCCAUUGCAGAUCCUGGAAUGACAGGUUCUAUGAUUGGGAUCACGAGUGACAAGUCUGUGGAUGGGCUCGCUGUUCAUUACUAUGCCACCCUCGAAUUUAUCGCGCUACAAACCAGGCAAAUUGUGGAGACAAUGAACAAAGCAGGUCAUCGCAUCACCUCCAUUUUCAUGUCGGGCUCUCAGUGCCAAAAUGACAUUCUGGUAAAGCUAAUAGCAUCUGCUUGUGACAUGCCCGUGCUUAUCCCUCGUUAUAUUCAUGCUGCUGUCUGCCAUGGUGCAGCCAUGCUGGGUGCCAAAGCCGCUAGUGCUGACGCAGAAGGCAAGACAGAAGAUCUGUGGUCUAUUAUGGACCGCAUGAGCAAGCCGGGAAAAAAGGUCGUCCCAACUACGGAUGAGACGGAGAAGGCCUUGCUUAACGCCAAAUACAAGGUCUUCUUAGAGCAAUGUUACAAGCAGCAGGAGUACCGAGCCCUCGUAGAUCAAGCCGUGGCCUCGUGGACGUCUUAA